AUGGAGGUCGACGACGUUUCGGACACGGGCCAGAAGGAGCAGGGUGUUCCGAAGAACACUGCCCCAACUCGCGACGCGUCUAACGCGUUUAUCAAUCCUUGUGGGCCUCAAGAAAAGGCCAAACCGACCGAACCCCCAACCCCUCUCGUCUUCGACAAAGCUUGCCUUCGUCAAGGACUCUCUCAAUCCCCAUCGAUCCAGUCAUCCGACCUGGGAAACUUCGCCAAGAAACGUUCCAGGUUGGAUACCCCGGGCAUCAUUGCGAUGGACCAAGCGUCCGAGUUAACGGGGAGUCCUAGGACGAACCGAAUGCAGGACCUUUUCCCAGGAGGAGCCGAAUCCCGAUCUCUCAAGGAGAUGGUGGGCAAACUCCUGGAAGUAAUCAAAGCUGGCUUUCCACUUGCUAACAAGUCGAAGAAAGCGCAAAAGAUAUCGGUCGAUGUCGAGACCGCGGCGGAUAUCCUAGUCUUAACAGGAGCCGUCUACGACAAAGUCAUGUAUGAUGACGCUCGGCGUAACUUCACGACUCCAGCAGCCCUUGCUGGAGCCGAGUCAAAGAGCCGACCUAUAAUAUUCAAAGGGAAAGCUACAGAUGAUACGUUAGCAGCCCUCACCGAACAGAUGGCCUACCUAACUUCAGCAGUAGAAAAUCUACAACCAAAACAACAACAAAAAAAGGGACCAACCGCCCCCUCAUAUGCACUCGCAGCGUCCAAACACGCACCACAAACCACGUCAGAUAGCCAGAAGGCCAAUCAGGCCAAAACCCAAAAAACGCAAAAGUCGGCUCCAAAAGCCAAACCCACCAACAUCAUAUCGCUAGGCUUAUCAGAUCAAGCUCAAACCGGAGGAUGA